GUCGCAAAUUUCGCCAAAAAAUCCAUCAAGUUGAACGCGGUUCGGUGAAAAUCCGACUCCGCCCUGUCGGUUCCUUUAACAGAAUUGAUUUUCGUGGUGCCGCUGUUACGCGAGCGGUAACGCGGACAGUAAACACCCUACGCUUGCAUGGACCUUCAACCUAAUUUUAUUUCUUCCCUCUUUUUCUCGCUUGUUCCAAAAAAUAUAUAUAUACGUAUACAUAACAGAAAAUAGUAACCAAACCAAAGUUUCUAUAAACUUCUCAAACGGAAAACCGUGCAAGGCUGUGUACUGGUUAAAAAAAGCAACUAAAAAUGCUUCUAAUUCCAAGUUUUUUCGCGUGUGAAUUUCAGAUUUCGCUCGGGACCAUAUCGUACAAUCUGGACAGUAUGGACGUGUUGACGCUCGGUUUUCGGGACAUCCGGUUUGUUCUUUUCGGGUUUUGGAAGAAAAUUGGGUCAGUUGCCAAUCGGGUUCGGGAAUUCCGGUCCGUUUUUCAAGAUCUUUCGGGUUUUCGGGACGUCGGUUCGGGUCCCGUUCGCGAUCAGACCCGAAUUUGCCAUCCCGGCCGAUGACAAAUUCGGUAGCUGUUUCCUUUCGGGUCGUCUUUUCUGACCCUCUGGGCAUCGAUCUCGCAAAAUUGGGCCGAAUUCGCGCGGUGAGGCCCUUCGGGUUAACCUCAAAAUUGGCAAUUCAGAGCAUUAAAAAAGUCGCGUAGUUUUUAAAUGGGCCCGGUUUGGCCCGGAGAUGAAAAUGUAAAUUCUGAGAUGCUCGGAAGAUUUUCGAAAAUUUCCUUGAGCUCUUUUCGAUCAGUGUCCACGUCCACUGCCAGUUAUUUUCGGAUCGCGAUUUUCUCGAUGGUAUUGGAGUUUCUGAAUUUUGUAUUCGAAAAUUUGUUCUGGUUUGAUAGUAAGAAAUGUACGAAUAACAAACGACUUUUCGUUUACGGUUUCUGAUCGUAUUUUGAGAACUAACGUGUUCACUAAUCUCGCAGGAGUGCGGAUUACGUCGUUUUUCGCUACUACCAGGAUUUCAAGCUGAGAAGAGAGGAAUGUCACGCGACUAUGACAGCCGCCGCCGCGGGGGCAAUGGCAGCAGUAGUUCUAGCAAGAUGCGCAUGGACACCAACACCUCGCAGUCGAGACCCCACGAUUCAUCAGGUAAGCGCAAGGAGCUCGACAGCGUGAUGCGGAAAGCUCGCGAGUCCCAGUCGAGCUACUGGAACAAGAAGCUCCUCGAGGCGGAAGAACGGGAUCCGAACAGAUGGCGCCACAGCGGUUACAAGGAGCUCUACAUCGGCGGGAGCGGCGAGCCCAGCAGCAGAGGCCAUCCUCGCAGUCCGCGAAGUCCGCGGCCCCGAACUCCGCCGAGGAGUCCUCGGCCCCGGAGUCCACGACCUCGGAGUCCUCGGUCGCCGCGCGAACGUUCUCACACCCGGGCCCGACCAGCCCGGAGUCCGAGCUCCAACAGCACCUGCUCCGACAGAUCUUGCUCCGUCUGCUCGCCGAGGGAGCGUCGACGAGUCGCGGGCAAUUCACGCUCCCGGUCCAGGUCGGCGACGCCGGUCCGAUCACGAGCUCCGGCCAAGGAGGUUGUACCUUCCAGUUCCAGGGCGCCCCCACCCCGGGCCAGACCUCGUUCUCCUCCAGUGCCAAGGCCGCGCACUCCGCCUUUGGCGCCGCAGCCGACGCGUCAUCAGAAGGAGUACAAGGUCAAGGAGAUGAAAGCGAGGAGAAAGGAGAAGCCGAUGGCGAGGAUUCCGGAGGAUCCACGCAUUCCGGAUGGGAUCCCAAUGAUGCACAAGCGCAUAAAGGUGGAGAAGCACACGGGCCAUGGAGAUUCGCCGCCCGUAGUUCACCAUCAUGCUCGUGAAUCUUCUCCCAGCGAAGACAGCGACAGUUCUUCCAACGCUUCACACGUCGGCCCGCCGAAAAUGACUCUCUCCGAAAGGUUCGGAAAAAUGGCACAGUGGAGCGUCGAUCGCCGAGACAUGGAAAACAUGCGUAUCACCAAGGACGGUGAGAACGCGAUGAAGGUGGUGAUCGAGGGCGAGGAGCGGAUCGCCCGACUGGGUUACGAUUCCCCUCCCCCGGGUCACUAUCCCGAAUCGCUUCUCACCCAAGGUCCGCGUGGUCUCGAAUGCUGGGACGACGUCCGCGUUCGCUACGACUAUUACAAAGCGCGAGGUUAUCUCCGGGACUUGAGCCUGGACGAUUACGUCAAGUGGGAGGAGUGGUGGUACAAGUAUCAGGAAUGGUUGGAAGCUGAGCGUUACUACGAACAAUGGGCCUCAAGUCGAGCGGCCGGUGGUGGGGGCGGUGGCCGCAAGAGGCGCGGCAGGCGAAAUAAUGCUAAUCAUUGAGAAAUAAGAAUAACGGCAGAUAAUGAUAUCCACUUAACGAUGCAUCUCCUCUAAUUAUGUUGCAAAGAUUCAACAUACUUUUUGAUUGGACGCUCAGAGAGGGAAAAUUCUCGAUGCAUUUGGGAUCUGCGAUUCUGCGGACGCGAGAGACCAAUGUAAGGCAUGAGAAAAGUAAGAAUCAAAUGCGGCGCCUCCUAGUGAAGCCUGUAACAAGUUCUUGGAACUUAUUAUAGAUUUGCUAGUGAGCUCAAAGAUAUUCUUUGGCGAGGUUCUGCAUUUAGGCUUAUUUUAUAUUUUUUUCCUGAGCGCCCAGUGAAAAAAGUUGAUGACAAGAGUGAAGUGAUUUACUUAAAUUUCAAAUAGAUUCAUACAUUAAUGGAUUGCUAAUACUCAAAAAUCAAAUGAAAUCCUGACGGUAUAUGGAAAGAAAAAGAGAAAAGUCCUGAAAGUACAAGAGGUGUUUAAUAAUUUGGUGGAUUGUUUUUUUUUUUUUUAAUGGUUGUUGCGUAAAGGUAACAACUCGAUAUGAAUAUAAGAGAUAUGUAUGCAAACUAUGGGUAUAUUAUAUUAUAUAUCUAUAUUAUAAUAAAGAAUAUUGUUGCGCUGUCGAGAAAACAUUUUAGUUUUGACGCGACAAAAGUCAGCGAGAACGCUUUUAAUGAAUUUACGUAACCUUAUUACGUCGGGGCGAUUAGACCUGAUCAAAUUUGUAUGCACGCUUAGAAUUUUGAAACGUUUUACGGAAAGGAAGCAGACGGUAGUAUGUGAUACGGGCACAAAUUAUAAUCACACUUCGAUUUUGUCGAACUUUUUUUUCUCUUUGUUCUUCUCUUAAUUUUUUUUUAAAUUAUUCAAGAUUAAUCGUAAUACUUUGAGAUCUUUUUUUCAUUUUGGACGAGAGUUUUGUGUAGGAUUUGACGAUCCCUAAAGACAUCGCGAAAACAGUGACAAAUGUGAAAUAUAAUGUACAUGACAAAAGA